CCAGCUGCCAUUGGUGCUGCAGGCACUGCGGCAGGGCCCGGGGCUCUCCGCCCCCGGACAUAAGAAGCCAGCGAGUCCCCCCGGGGCACCCGGCUGCAUCGCAUUGCUGUGUCACAGCCCCGCCGACAGCAGGGAGGGCCACGCUGUGACCAUGUCUGAGCUGGAGAAGGCCAUGAUCGCCAUCAUUGAUGCCUUCCACCAGUACUCAGGGAAGGAGGGAGACAAGCACAAGCUGAAGAAAUCAGAACUGAAGGAACUCAUUAACAACGAGUUGACCCAUUUCCUUGGUGAGAUCAAAGACCAGGAGACUGUGGACAAAGUCAUGGAGGCGCUGGACAGCGAUGGGGAUGCAGAGUGCGACUUCCAGGAGUUUGUAGCCUUCAUUGCCAUGGUCACCGCUGCUUGCCACGAGUUCUUUGAGCAUGAGUGAGCUGGUGGGAAGCAGGCGAGCACAUCCUGCUCAUGCUGGAGAGAUGCAGAGUAGCAUCGCUCCUCUGGGAAAAAGACUGGGUGCUAUUAGGGGCUCCUUGGAGUUAAGCUUGUGCUAGACUUAAGCAGCUUAUUAAGUUCUGCGGCUUUGUGAACAAGAAACAUCUGCACGGCUCAAGAAAGCCUAUCGGCCAGUGCCCACCUGGCUGGAUGCAGUGUGCGAAUGCCUUGUCUCAAGCUCCUUCCCUGCUGCUGUAUGCAAGGGACGUGCACGGGGCUGGAGGCAGGCAGACGCCAUGAUCCAAGCUUGCUUGCAAAGGGAAAAGGGAAAUUCAAGGGCUGAAGUAGGAGGUCAUACAGAGGGGCUGGUUACAGAAGCCUGGUUCUGAGCCCACUGGCCUGAAUCGAAAGGCUCCCGUUGAUUCCUGUGGGCUCUGACCGCCCUGUGCAUCAUACUAACCCAGGCAGCACAGCCCCUGUCCCAUCACAGGGGCUCAGCAGAGCCCAUGCAUUUCUUGGCAAAUUGAGACACCCUUGGCUUGAAAGGCAAAGCAUAACCAUCUAACAGCCCAGCCUUUUCUCUUGUCAAUGAAUCCUACUUUUAGCAGCCUGCAGAACUGGAAGUGAAAGCAUAUGAAGCUCCUGGGCUGGGGACAGCUUCUGGGCCUAGGAUGUGCCUUGGCAAGGUCUCCAGGCUCAGUCAGAAGGGAAGGUGGAAUCUACCCAGUGUGACCACAGUGCUUUAACAUAGACCAGGCACAGCCUCCAGAGUGUGUGGAAAUGGUGAGAAUAAAAUGUUGUUUCGGCCUCUGGGCCGCAAUUGGUC